AUGCCGCCCCCUCGCAAAGCCACCUCCAAGCCCCAAAAGACAAGUGUUCUGUUGUCACCGCAGGUAUCUGAAACACAGAGCACAGUCCGUCAUCAGGCCACAAAGGAGAAAAAGGCAGAAAAACAGAAAAAACGGGCACUCAAGGCGACCUAUCAAGAGAACCCUGACGACUUCGAGAAUGAACCCUCGGAGCUACACAGUGACACUGACCGUGAUGAAGAUACUAUGUUCUUGGACCAUGCUCUGCAGACAAAGCUGUCGUCCAACACAAAGGUCUUGGCAUUCAGUAUGGGGAAAAUGCCCCCGGUAUCACACAUCACUAGCGGCAAUGCACGUCAGUUGAAGGUACCAACACUUGAUUCCGACAACACUAAUGAUGAUGAGGAGUCUUCUGGUGACGACUCAGACAAGAACAACUAUCCUCAAUCCGAUGCUGGCACUAGCCAGACUGAUGAAGAGGAUGGUAACACUAUCGAGGAGCAAAUGCCUCCUACUCGGGUGAGCAAACGACUGCUCGACACUGAAGAGGCUGCCACGGUAGUGAUGAAGAUGAAGAAACUUUCGGAUGGCUCCCGCUAUCCGAGUUGUGUAAAAGUCACCGAUUUUGAUGAUGUCUCCAAAGACAUCCUUGUAACUGCAAUUUCUCUCUUCCGCUGUCUAAUUGUCACAAAGGCGCCGUUUCCAGAUUCCAUUGCUGACGAGACGAUGCUGGGAAAAGAUGCCUGGCGUGAGGCUUGCCAAUUGAAAGAUGUCAACAUUAAAUUGACACCUUUAGCAAUUAAGAUGCUCUUGAAACGCACAUCACAUGUGUGUGGUGAACUCAAAACGAAGAUGCGGUCGCUUACUCGAACUUUUUUUGGCUUUCGGUCGAGUGAAUCGAGGGACAUUAUAAGGCAAAACCGUGAUCUAGCAGAAGCCUUGAAAGAUGGUUCAUCGUUCGUUUUCAAGGACUGGACAGCGAAGACGGGGAUAUACAAGACUGAGCUACUCCAAGACAGUAUCAAUGUCAUGUGGUUUGCAAACCGAAGCGACGAGGGCAUCAUCUACAACCAGUUUUUCAACCCCAUGCCUAUCAAGCUUAUUGCGCUCAUGCUUACAACUAUCGAAUGCUGUAUUGACGAGUGGAUGCAGGGCGUGAAGGAAGACAUCAGGUUCACAGCCAUCGCAUAUGGAUCUGUCUACCACAAUCAUUUGAACUCGCUGCAGCGUUUUGACAAGUGCACGGCACCUUACAAGCUCUUUGAAAGGAUUUGUGACAAUUUGUAUGACGUGGCUCGUUUCCAUGCAGGUGUAGUAGAUACACCCACUACAUUCUCAGACGCAUCCAGAAUCAGUGAUGAGGCAAUCGAAGAUGCCAUUCGAGAACACCAGCUUCAGGAGGAGAGUGGGCGGCGAGGCUAG